GAACAUUUUGGAUAUAAACUACUCUUCAGUGUGUGUGGGCUGUACCAUCGAUAAAGGAGCGGCGAAGGGCGGAUGUGAUCUGGCAGAACUCCCGUUGUGAAGGGAAAACCAGGAUUGGUGCUCAUUCCUGAUUUUGCCAUGACUGCACAAAAACACUACAUUCUCGCCUUUACAAUAGUAGUGCUUCAUCUAAUCAGUCAAGCGGAGGGACAAGGUAGAUUGAAAUUAACUGUUCUAUCAGGGGACAGACUGCAGAUGAAAUGGAAAGAAGUUGAUGGAAACAAACAAGGGUACAAAAUACGAGUUAAACCAUCUUCAGGUAUCUCCAAACGGGAAAUAAUCCUGAAGACAAACAUAGCAAAAGCAACUGUAGUCGGCCUUUCACCCACUCAAGAGUACACACUUCAGAUAUUAUUGCUUAAUGGAACUCGUGAGCACCAUUACGCCAAAAGGAAGUUUAUUAUAAAUGUCCUGAAAGAACAGCGUUCAAAGAAAGCUCCCAAGCAUAAGCAAAGUGAAAGGAUCACAAGUGGGACAGGAGAGAAUGGUACUCGGCUCGACUUUGGUAUUCCCACUAGUAAUGCAACAGACCUCAAUGUAACAGGAAGGAUACAUGGAGCGCAAUCCAGAAAAGUGAUAAAUUCUGAACGAAGAAAGUCAGCAGAUAAGGUGUCAGAGAACAAAACGAGGAAGUUAAGUAUCACUGCUGCUGAAAAUGAACGAACAUCACAAAUGAAAAAUGCAACACAAAAUUUGCCUAAAAAUAAAAGGAAAAUGGUUCAAGAAAAGCGAAAGGAAGAACCUGUGUCUGAAGAAUUCCCAGCAAAAGGAUCUCAAUUUAAUUGCCCAUCAAGUGCUGCUGCAGAUAUUAUAAUCGUAAUUGAUGGAUCAUGGAGUAUCGGUAGAAUGAACUUCCGACUGGUCCGCCAGUUUUUGAUAAACUUAAUUACACCUUUUCAUAUUGGUGCAGAUGGAAUUAGAACUGGAUUAACUCAAUAUAGUGGAGAACCGAGGACAGAGUGGGAUCUGAAUGCACACUCUACUAAGAAUGAAGUUCUUGAAGCAGUUCAAAAAAUACGCUACAAGGGGGGCAACACGUAUACAGCUCUUGCCUUGAAGCAUGUUUUCGAAAACACCCUACAAGCCUCUGCCGGGGCUAGGCCAGAAGCUGCAAAAUUCUUGAUACUGCUUACCGAUGGGAAGUCACAGGAUGAUGUUGCCUCACCAGCUCAAAGCCUGAAAGAUGCUGGUGUUGAAAUUUUUGCUGUUGGUGUAAAGAAUGCUGAUGAAGCUGAGCUGAAACAAAUAGCAUCUGAUCCACUUGAACUCCAUGUGUAUAAUUUGCCUGACUUCAGUCUUCUAGACUCUCUCAGUGAUAAACUUCCAAAGAUUCUUUGUGGACAGAUGAAGGCAAAAGCAACCAAAGUGAAAAGUGAACGUCGCAAGCCGGGCGGUGGUGCCAUUUUGUAUCCAACCCCAACAAAUCUGGUGAUAUCUGAUAUAACAGCCAGGAGUUUCCGGGUCAGCUGGACCCACAGCCCAAAAAAAGCUAACAAAUAUCGUGUUAUAUAUUACCCUACCAAAGGCGAAAAACCAGAAGAGGUGACUGUGGAUGGAACAGUUUCAUCUGUUGUCCUAGAGAAUUUAUACUCCUUUACUGAAUAUCAAAUUGCAGUGUUUCCCAUCUACAAAAAUCUUGUUGGUGAAGGUCUCAGAGGCAUUGAAACAACAUUGUCUUUCCCAUCCCUGAAUAAUCUUACAAUCUAUGAUGUCACACAUAACAGUAUGAGAAUUAAAUGGCAGCCUCAAGAUGAAGCCACUCAUUAUAUGGUCCUUUAUGAACAAGUUUCUACUGAUGAAGUAGAAGAUGGAAAAGAGAUCAGGGUUGAUGCUCAAUACACAGAUAUUGAAAUAGAAGAUCUCUCUCCAAAUGCAGAGUAUAUUGUAACGGCUUAUGCUUUAUAUGGAGAUGAAACAAGCGAACCAGUAACAGCACAGCAAGCAACACAUCCACUGGAUCCUCCAAAAAACCUGCACCUCACUGAGCUCCAUCACAGUAGUGUUAAAGUAAAUUGGGAGAGAGCUGCAAGGAAAGUGACUGGACAUCAGAUCAUGUAUGUGUCAGCUAAUGGGAAUGAUCCCAAGCAGAUUGAAGUUGGUGGGAACGUUACAAAUGUAUUAUUAAAAAAUCUGACCUCGCUGACAAAGUAUGUGAUUUCUGUACUUUCCAUUUAUGAUACCUUGAGGUCUGUGCCCAUUACCAUCACUGCUGAAACAGUUAGGGUUCCACCUCCUUCAGAUCUGAGAGUCACUGAAUUUUCAGGCACCAGUUUAACAAUUACAUGGAAACAUGCAGCCAGUGAUGUUGCCCUCUACAAAAUAAAAUGGAUUCCACUUAGUGGAGGAAAAUUGUAUGAGCUGGACAUCAAAGGGAACGUUAACACAGCAGUCUUACAGGGGCUGGCCAAAAACACGGAGUAUCAGGUAUCACUGUCAGCAUUAUAUAAUGACACAGCAAAGAGCAAUGCCAUUGUUCUGCGCUACAAUACAUAUUCCAGGUAUCCUCCAACAAAUCUUUUCAUAGAGUCCAAGACUCCAACUAGCCUCCAAGUUAGCUGGUCUCAUUCAGGCGGAGAUGUUCAACAUUACAAAAUCUCAUAUACGACAGUUACAGGUGGUCAUGCUGAUGAAAUGAUAACACAUGUUAAGAGAAACAGCAUAAUAUUACAACCACUUAUAUCUGAUACCACGUACAAUGUGACAGUUACUGCUGUCUAUGCUUCAGGUGAUGAGGCCAGUAUAUCCGGAGAGGGAAAAACCUUGCCAUUUGUUCCACCAGCCAACCUACGAAUCACUGGGGUAUCUUAUAAUCACUUCCGUGUCGUAUGGGAUAAAGCUGAGUCCCAACCUAUGGGAUACAUAGUGAUUUACCAGGCAGCUUCUGGUAAAGUCAUGGAAGUAAUGACUGGAGAGGAUGCAGACUCCAUUGUGAUAAAGAACCUUCAGAGUGGACAGGAAUACAAUGUCAGAGUGUUUGCACUGUAUCCAAAUGGCAACAGUACUUUCAUUGAAGGAAAAGCCACAACAUUGCAUUUGCACGUAACUGACCUUCGUACUUAUCACAUCCAGUUAACAACGAUUUGUGCUCAGUGGGAAGGCCAUGCAGGAGCCACAGGCUACAACGUUGUCCUUGAGUCACUGAAAGAUGGAAAGAUACAGGAAAACUCUCUGCAUGCUGGAGUAGACAAGUACUGUUUCAGUCAUCUAUUUCCCAAUACUCCUUACAAGAUCACUGUCUACACCAGACUGCAUGAUAUGGCAGGACCUGCUGUCUCUGUUCUUCAGUCUACAUUGCCACUUCCAGUAAGAUCUACAUUUGCUUCCAGUACUGGUCCUGCUGCUCUAAAAGAUUGCCGUGCGGUCAAAGCAGACAUGAGAUUUAUAAUUGAUGGCUCCACAAUGAUAGGAUCAGUAAACUUCAGGAAAAUCAUUGCCUUUGUGUAUGACACUAUCACAGUUUUUGACAAAAUUGGUCCUGACGGAAUUCAGGUAUCAGUGAGCCAGUUCAGUAAUCACAUGAGGAAUGAAAUUCAGCAGAGCUCCUUUGAAAGUAAAGAAGAAUUGCUGGGAGCAAUCUAUGACAUACCUUACAGAGGGAAAGAUGCCAACGCAGCCAAAGAUAGCAGAACAUCAUAUGAUCUGUUUUCCAACAAUGAUACAAUGGAAAGAAAACAUAUUCAUAAAGUUCUGAUUAUUAUUGCUCGUGGAGCAGUUCUUGGAGAAAUAAGUGAAACACUUCAACAGCUGGCAUUGAAAGGCUUUUAUAUCUUUGUUCUUGGUAUUGAUGACGCUGAUGAGGUGAAACUUAAUAAAGUUACAAGUGUGUCUGAUUUCAAAGCUGUGUUUUAUGUUCACGACUUCAGUGAAUUAAACAACAUUGGAAACAAAGUUAUUGCAUCCAUUUGUCAAACUGUUUUGACAUUUUGUCCACUGACAAAUAUUCAAGGCAUGGUUGUCCCAGGAAUUAACAUGAUGGAGGCAUUUGGCUUAACAGACAAAGAGUUUUCAGAACUUGAAGGAGUUUCUAUGGAAUCCGACAUCUUCUCAGGCUUAUCGUCAUAUAGUAUUUUUGAAAAUGCUCAGCUUAUACAAGCUACCAGAAAUAUUCAUCCUGCAGGUCUACCUAGAGAGCACACCAUUACCUUGCUGUUCCGAGUGCUACCGGAUACUCCCAAAGAACCGUUUGCAAUUUGGCAGAUUGUGGAUGAAUAUUUUCACCCUCUUGUUGGAGUUGUGCUUGACUAUAAACAGCAAACGCUGAACUAUUUCAACCUUGACCACAAAAGUGAAUUACAGAGAGUUACUUUUAGCCAAGCUGAAGUCAAAAGGAUUUUCUUUGGAAGUUUCCACAAGGUCCAUAUCGCAGUGAGUAAGACAAAUGUCAAGCUUUAUCUUGACUGUGUGGAGAUAGGAGAGAAACUCAUAAAUGGUCUUGGAAAAAUCUCCACAGAAGGAUUUGAAGUGCUUGCAAAACCAGUAAGCAUCAGUGAUCGUGGUAGUAGUUCAGUGCCAUUUCAGUUACAGGCAUUUGAAAUGGUUUGCAAUAAUUCUUUGGCGGAAAUGGAUAAGUGUUGUGAUCUACCAGCAUUGAGAGAUGAGGUGAGAUGUCCUCCCCGUGCUCAGCUCUGCACUUGCUCAAAGGUAACCAAAGGAGGAUCAGGUCCUGCAGGACUACCAGGUCCUCCUGGUGCAAGAGGUCCCCAGGGUGAGCGUGGGGAGCCUGGACCUCGGGGCCCAGAAGGUCCAAAUGGUGAUAAAGGGCCAAUGGGAUUACAGGGUGAACCAGGACCUCCAGGACCCAGGGGGCUUAGUGUACGAGGACCUGCGGGUCCUCCUGGUGAAAAAGGGCAAAAGGGUGAGCCUGGACAAAGAAGCAACCAGGGUCUUCCAGGUCCUCGAGGUCCUCCAGGGAGAGAUGGACUUCAGGGACCAAAGGGGGCAAGAGGACUGGAAGGCACAAUCGGACCUCCAGGACUUCCUGGGCCAAGAGGGCCCAUGGGUAUCACAGGUCCAUCAGGCUAUCGAGGGGAUCAAGGUCCUCCAGGUGACGUUGGCCCAACUGGACUCCCUGGUGCAAAAGGAGAAAAAGGAGAGAAGGGAGAACCUCAGUCCCUCGCUGCAGUUUAUCAGAUGGUUAGCCAAGCUUGUGAAGAGCUUGUUCAGAGUCACAUGUUGAAAUUUGAUUUGGUGUUGAAUGAAUAUACAAAGAGCCCAGUACCUGUACGGAUCAUCCAGGGAUCACCAGGGGAGGUUGGAGAGCCAGGGAGACCUGGACCACCUGGAAAUCGAGGGCCUCCAGGAAUGCCAGGCAUACCUGGCAAUGAUGGCAAAGUGGGCUACCCUGGAGAGAUUGGCAAACCUGGUGAAAAGGGAGAGAAAGGAAGCCCAGGGUUCAAUGCACCAGGCUCUGAGGGACCCCAAGGAAUCCCAGGCCCACGAGGUGAAGGUAAACGUGGAAAACAAGGACCACAGGGAUUACCAGGCCCACCAGGCCGUCCUGGCCUGCCAGGUUUACCUGGCUCCAUCGGACCACCAGGUGCUGCAGGACACUGUGAUGUCUCUGCCUGCAAUACAUUUCACACAGAGAGUGAACCAGACAUUGAAUCUGAGCAUAAAUUUCAACAACUGCCUUAAGCCAUUUAUAGUGGUGGAAGUCACUCUUGCAUUCGUUCUCAAGGAUGAAUGAAAACAACCAAACAGAAUUACUGCAGGGUUCAGUUGAAUGAACCGCAUCCAAACAUCUUUUUAUUAAAGUUGAGAAUGGUAACAUUUUCCUGUUGUUAUUUUGCAAAUUACAUGUACCGUAUGCCAAGAAAUAUGACAUGGAUAAUGAAAUGAAAGCAUUAAUUGUGCAUAAGUCAUUAUGAAUUCUCUGAAUCACAAUGUGAUCAACUGGGAUAAAAAGAGCACGUGUGAGCAUUAUAAAGUUCAUGUUCAGCAACAUCUUCAGUGAAUCUUUACAUGUUGCAAGACUGAAAAUAUUCGCUGUUACAUAACUGCAGACAGUAUUUACAAAAUGUAUUUUUCAAAUUCUGAAACUGAUAUUACUAGAUCCAGUAAUUAUGUAUUUUGCUUCAAAGAUGAUAAUUGAAUUGGUGUUUGUGAAUUUCCUUUUUCAUAUAGAGCCUAAUAUUAUUAUGUUACCUCAGAGCAUUUCUACAAGAUGUGGAUGUUAGUAUGUGAAUAUUCUUCAUUCAACAUCAUUUAUUACAUUUUUCACAAAAUAAUUGUAUGUGUUCAGGAUCAAAUAUGGUUUAUUUUUUUGAAUGUUCUUAUUAAAACUAACAUGCUGCUUAAUUAAAUGUCAAAUCCAUGCCACAAGACUAAUUUUAACAUAUAGGCUGCCAGGUAGUUGAGGAUUCUUGUCAGUACUUCAAUUUAUGUUUAAAUAUUCAUGUGUUUUCUAGAUUUGCAAAUGUACGAAUAAAUGUAU